CCUCCUUAAAAUCCUUCUCUAGUAAAGCUUUUUGCUGUAACUCAACCGCUCCACCUUAAGCGCACACGCAAACGCAGGAGGCGUACAGCGAGGUUUCCGUUUCUCAGUUGGGCUCGGACCGCGGCUCACGAAAAGCACCGUGUGUAACGCAGCUGCAAGGUUGACGCACUAAGGUAAGAGGAAAGCAGAAAGCGAGCGAAUCAACCGAACAAAAGGAUGUCAGAAUCCAAGUACCGUGAGUGGAUCCUGGACACUAUCGACUCGCUGCGGUCGCGGAAAGCCCGGCCGGACUUGGACAGGAUUUGCCGAAUGGUCCGGAGACGACACGGGUCCGAGCCAGAGCGAACCUGCGCGGAACUGGAGAAACUGAUUCAGGAACAAGCCGUGUUGAAAGUUAACUACAAGGGCUCUAUUUCAUACCGAAACGCGGCCAAGGUUCAGCGGAGAAGCAGAAAAAAAGACGAUGUAGCAUUAACGGUGGCUGCGAGAAGGAGCGCUGUGGAAGAAGCCAGUCAUUCUGACUUAAGCAACGGGGACAGCGCUUUCGGUCCUGUUGACCAGGACGAGGAGGAUUUGGAGGCUGACACCUCAGUGGCUAUGGACACAGACAGCAAUGCAGAUGACGAGGGGGCUGAUGAGAGCAGGGACGGGCCCUCUCCUGGCUGCACGUAUGAUGAUGCCACAGUGCGUUCUGGCUCUGUGCGAGCCAUCUCUGCCCCCUGCUCUCCAUCUGGGCCUCGGCCUGGCCCCAGCCCUGGCUUGGGGCUGGACUGUGUUUCUUUUCAGAAGGCUGGUGAAAGGCCCAGCUCCUUGCCCCCCUCCAGCCCCAGGGCCCUGGCACACAACGACUGGGCUUAUGAUUCUGCUGUGUGCCCAGUGGAGCGCCAGCAUCCAGGAAUGCAGAGAGACAAUGCAGCAGCCAUCAAACCAGCAGUCCACUCUGGAACUAGCAGUGCUUUAAAGAACAGUGGGAAGAAAGAGGUUGGAGACAAGGUGGAGGAUAGUGGCCUUUCUUUGGACCAGUUGGUGCCAGACUAUGCAGCACGACUGGAAGAGACGAGGAAUAUAUCUGAUGGACGACCACAAACACUGUCUUUGCCAUCUGACAACUGUACAUAUAAGAAGAAGACAGAUGUAUCAUCCUUCACAGCAGCUGAAGAUGGUCUUCUGAAUGGUAGUAAAGGUGAUGAAAUCACCGUGAAGAAGGAGAAUAUGAGCCAGAACCUGCUGCAGUGGACUGUGGCAGAUGUGGCCAGUUACUUCUCAGCUGCAGGUUUUCCAGAGCAGGCUGUGGCGUUUCGAACACAGGAAAUUGAUGGGAAGUCCCUUCUCUUAAUGCAGCGCAGUGACGUUUUGACCGGUUUGUCUAUCCGACUUGGCCCUGCCCUCAAGAUCUACGAGCGUCAUGUAAAGGUGCUGCAGAGAACUCACUUCCUGGAAUGCGAAGACCUCUGAAGUGCUGAUUCACAUGACAGACAGAUGAUGCUGCAUUGACCCAAACAUGCAUGCAGUGCCCUCUCCCAUCUGGAUCCUGCCACCUGCCUUCAUAUACAUAAAAUAUAGAGGGUGAGUGGAGCAGGAAAGGCUGCAGUGGAAUUAACUUUCACUGUGAGAAUGACCAGAAACUGACAGAUAAGUCAUCCUACCUCUCAUUACAGUCUUUGGUUUUCAAGUGGUUUAAAUUUAACCCAUGUGACCACACUAAAGGGAACAGACUGCUACAAUCAGAGUAUGUUUUAAAAUGGAGUAGCAGUGAUUUCUUUGAGAGUAAGAGAUGGAUAAUUCAGCCAGGGCUGAACUCUGUUCCAGGUGGACCACCUAUGGGCUAAUGUACCCACGCAGACAUGACUGCGUAGUGCUGUGAGUAAAGUGCUGUCACAGUUUUGGGUCCACAAGUCAGUUUUUCUGUUAGUCCAGUUUGUGAGUCACACAGAUAAAGCACAUCUGAUGUGCGUUUUCCUUUUCUCGUGUGAUGAGUUGAUUUAAAUGUCAUCAAAGUGCCGGGGAAGUCAGACUAUAUAUGUCUCCAUCAAAUGUCAACAAGCCCUACUUCCUGACUUAUCAUGCCACCAAUAGCUGCUGAUGUUGGAUCAUGUCUUCAGUGUCUCUGUAACACUGAGGUACUGUAUAACCAAUGCUAUGUACUAGUACUUGCUGGCAAGGCAAUACUUUGCGUUUUUGUUGAUAUUUAGAAAUGGCUGUGGUUAAACUUAAUACGGUUACAUUUGCAGACAGAUAUGACCAGCAAAAUAUUAAACUUGUGAGAAAUGUCACAGUCAUACUGGUUAUAUGUUUAAAAUUCAAUACAGCUGUUUAAUUCCUGUUUACAGAUCAGAUAUCUUGAUCAAAUGCAAUAUUUUAUGUUGUCAUCCUUUUAUAAUUUAUCCAGUGUCUCUUUGUGUUAGGAUUUAAGCCAGCCACUUGAAUUGUAACAUUCCAUAUGAUGUAGUCUUCGCCUCCUGUGUACCUCCUCCCCUUUUUAUCUGUAUACCAGGGUCACAAAUAAAGCUUGUGUCUCUCUGCUCAAA